UCAGAAAGUGAAACUCACAGUCACUAUAACUAGAGGGAAAAUGGCGCAGCAAGCAGUUCAGCUGGACCGAGAAACUUUCUCCUGUUCGAUCUGUUUGGAUCUACUGACGGAUCCGGUGACGAUUCCCUGCGGACACAGCUACUGUAUGAACUGUAUUAACAGCUUCUGGGAUGACGGUGAGCAGAAGAAAAGCUAUCACUGUCCUCAGUGCGGGAAAAGCAUCACACAGAGACCUGAUCUGGAGAAAAACACCAUCCUAUCAGCUUUAGUGGAGCAGCUGAAGAAGACUGGACUCCAAGCUGCUCCUGCUGAGCACCGUUACACAGUACAUGAAGAUGUGGCCUGUGAUUUCUGCACUGGAAGAAAACUGAAAGCCAUCAAGUCCUGUUUAGUCUGUCUGGCCUCUUACUGUGAGAAACACCUUCAGCCUCAUUAUGAUGUGGCUCCUUUAAAGAAACACAAGCUGGUGGAGCCGUCCAAGAACCUCCAGAAGAACAUCUGCGCUCGUUACAGCACAGUAUCAGCUGCAGCAGAAAGGACUGAGAGGCAGAGAGAGCUGGAGGAGAGACGAGGAAACAUCCAGCAGAGAAUCCAGGACAGAGAGAAAGAUGUGAAGCUGCUUCAACAGGAGGUGGAGGCCAUCAAUCACUCUGCUGAUAAAACAGUGGAGGACAGUGAGAAGAUCUUCACUGAGCUGAUCCGUCUCCUCCAGAAAAGAAGAUCUGAUGUGAAGCAGCAGAUCAGAUCCCAGCAGGAAACUGAAGUGAGUCGAGUCAAAGAUGUUCAGGAGAAGCUGGAGCAGGAGAUCACUGAGCUGAAGAGGAAAGACGCUGAGCUGGAGCAGCUCUCACACACAGAGGAUCACAACCAGUUUCUCCUCAACUACCCCUCACUGCCAGCACUCAGUGAGUCUACCAAAUAUUCCAGCUUCUCUUUCCUUCCUCCAUACUUUGAGGACAUGACAGAUGCUGUGUCAAUGUUCAGAGAAAAACUACAGAACCUUCUGAAAGACACAUGGAAAAACAUCCCAAUGACAGUCACUAAGGAGAAUAUUUUACUGCCAGAACCAAAACCAGAACAACAACCAACAGGAAGGGCUGGAUUCUUAAAAUAUUUGUGUGACAUCACACUGGAUCCAAACACAGCUCACCGUUAUCUAUUACUAUCAGAGGGGAACAGGAAGGUGGUAGUGAUGGAACAACAUCCGUCUUAUUCUAGUCACCCAGACAGAUUUACUCAUUAUUAUCAGGUUCUGAGUAAAGAGAGUCUGACUGGACGUUGUUACUGGGAGGUGGAGAGGAGCAGUAGAGUUUAUGUUGCAGUCGCAUACAAGAAUAUCAGCAGAACAGGAGGCGGGAUUGAAAGUGGAUUUGGUGGUAAUGACAAAUCCUGGGCAUUAAAUUGUUACCAAAACAUUUAUCAUUUUUUUCACAACAAUGAGUCAACUCCCAUCUCAGGUCCAGUUUCCUCCAGAGUCGGAGUGUACCUGGAUCAUGAAGCAGGUAUUCUGUCCUUUUACAGCGUCUCUGAAUCCAUGACUCUGAUCCACAGAGUCCAGACCAGAUUCACUGAACCGCUACACGCUGGGAUUUGGGUUUGUAAUAUUGGAGGUUCUGCUGAGUUCUGUAAACCAAAUGGGCAGAAUCCACUGGAGGUCUUGCACUAGAACUACCAAAGAUUCCCAAAAUGGGAAUCUUCCUCUAGGUACCAGAGAGGGGCCAGUUUGGCCCUCCACGAGAGAGUGUGAAGAGGCGCCUUUGUUAUGUAAAUAAGGCCAUUACUGACGCACUCCAAGGACAAUCAGCGUGAAAGUUGAUGUAGUGAGUUUGGCUCUCCUCCCCCCUGCUGGUCCCUCAGGCUAUGGUCACAUCUACAGGGAUGCUAAUUAGACCAUUCAGGGUCGUCAGUUUGGCCACAUUUGGAUACUAAUAACCCAGUUUGGCCCUCUCUUGGUAGUUCUAGGAAGAUACCCAAUUUGGCCCAUCUUGGUAGAGAUAGGAAUUUCUCAAAAUCCUGGUAAUCCUAGUGCUAGUGAGUUUGGUUCUAAGUUUUACUCCUGAAGCAGAUUGUUUUGAUGAUCAUUGUUUUUGUUUUUUUUGUCUAAACUGCUCAGAAAUUAAUAGUCAGAGCUUCCAGCGUUUGUUUUCUUCAAAUCUGAUGUUCUGGUUUUGAUAAACUUGUUCAUUUUUCAACAUUAUUGUUUGAAACAGAUGAUAAGCACAAGAAUAUUUACUCUUUAUUGCUUUUAACACAAAAGAUUGUGAACAGAUUAAGAUAAAACUGUCAUGUUGCUUCACUGUUUAGCUGUUGGUGAUGGAAUGCUGCCAUCUACAGGACAAUCGUUUUGUUACAUGACAGAAUCCAGAAAUUGUUCAUUAUUGCUUCAUUAUUAUUACUUACAUAGAAUGAAUCAGUGUUUUUAAUCACUAAAUAAAAUUCUAAUUUGAUUCUUUC